AUGUAUCACGAGAGCAGCGUUUUUGGGAACGAGGAGUCGGCAGAAUGUGACGGUGCCGCCCCGCCAAGACCCGAGUCGUUCCACAUUGAUGAGAUCGAGACGGGUUCGUCGUCGUCGCCGCUGCAGCAGCCGGCGCCGGUGCAAUCACCCGGCAGCGAGUCAUACCCGUUGCGUGAUGCGUGUGCGCGCCGCGGGGACGCGAACUCGUACGAUGGCCGAUCGAGCAGUGGGGGCGAAUUAGAGGAAGAGCGGGAGUUUGUGGACGAGUUCGGCUUUGUGAUCGAUGAGGAGGGCAAGAACAAGGAGCUUCUGUACGUGAAGAACAUUAACGGGAAACGAGUGGUUCGGCGCGAGGUCAAGUGGGCAAACAUGGCGUCCGACUGGGAAAAUGUGAACUCCAAGCGGCACGCCACUUUGAAGGAGCGUUGCCGCAAAGGCAUUCCGGCGCGUUUCCGUGGUGUGGCGUGGCAGCUGCUGCUUGGGUCGCACAAGCAAAUGACAGAUCCGGCUAACAGGGGCACGUAUGAAUCCCUGCUUUCUAAGGAGCUUGCCGAUACAGAACUGACUCAUGUAAUCGGGCGGGAUUUAGCAAGGACUUUUCCGACACACAUCCUUUUUAGAGAAGAGGGCGGUGUCGGGCAGACGUUCCUGCGAAAGGUGCUGCAUGCUUACGCCUGCGUGGACCCGGAGGUGGGUUAUGUACAGGGCAUGGGCUUCGUUGUUGGCGCACUCUCAACACAGAUGGGGGAGGAAGAGACAUUUUGGGCCCUCCACGCGCUCAUGCACGACGGUCGGUACAAACUCCGGGAGAUGUAUCGCCCAGGUUUUCCGAUGUUGCAGCAACUGUUUUACCAGCUAAAACAACUAAUGGCACGACUAUUGCCAAAACUACACAAAUACUUUAGAGAGAUAGGAAUUGACCCCUCCUUCUAUGCUUCACAGUGGUUUCUGACGCUGUUUGUGUACCACUUUCAGUUCCGCGCGUUGCUGAGAAUAUGGGAUAUCUUCAUGAGCGAAGGAUGGAAGAUUAUAUUCCGUGUUGCAAUUGCGUUGAUGAAGUGGGAGGAGAAGCGGCUUCUGUCGUUGCCCUUUGAUGAAGUCCUUCCUGCACUCAAGUCCCUGCACGAGGGGAAAGACCCUGAUGAAAUUCUGCGGCGCUCGCUCAACGUCAGCUUCAAGACGGCUGAGCUUAAUGCGUACGGGGAGGAGUAUUGGCGUGGGAUGAACGCACGAUAA